CUCCACAUUAGAUUAACCGUACACACCUCUGGAAAACAACCGAAAGUUGGUAAAACAUCAGACUCUGAAAAAGUAUCGUCCUCAUCGACCUCUUGCUUUUCACUGGCGAGGAACGCUACCGACGCUUAACCGGCAAUGGACGAGCACGGGCUCUUCCUGAAAUUCUCUGGUUUGAAUCAUUGUCACUUGUAGCCUGGGAUGCUAAUGGCCCUAAAAUUCCCGUUUAUCUCAACACUUGUUGCCUGGGCUACCAAUAACUUAAAAACUUUUAACGUUUACUUUUGUUCACAUCCCAGCAAGUCCUGCUUGCCUACCGCUCACCUGACCAACACCUAAAUACCGUAAAUACGGACCCCAGCUGCUGACGUCAACAGCAUGUCUUCCACCGUCCUCGAUCUCACCCUCUUCAUCAAGUCGUCCGACCUCGACGUUUUUUGGUCUCACUUUGAACCAUUGCACAAAAAAUGCUGCGCUGAACCGGAGUGCACGCUCUUCGAAGUAGCUAUCAGUCACGACAAGAGCGCUGGCGAGACAACUAUCAAGCUUUUCGAGAUAUGGGCGUAUUCAGUCGAACAGUUCCUUGAGACACAAGUUAAGAAGCCGUACUAUGAGCCCUACAACGCCGCCACCAUUCCUCUGUAUUCGAAGCCUCGUGAGUUUAACUCGGUUCGCUGAUGUUUAGUAGUGCUUCACUGCCCAAAACUUUCAGGCAUUGUGGAGCUCUAUGAACUUGUAGGAAAAUAUUCCCGGAAGUGAAGAGGGUCUUCGUAUCCCAUUUGAACUUCAUGUAUAUAACGUCACAAACGAGCGCGAUUCAGACUCAGCAGGAGAACACAAUACCGGGAAAUCAUGGAAAGCUUUCCCCCAGCAUGUCGCUUGUGUUUGU